CUCAUGGAUAAUCUGCUGGGUGGGCUGAAUCACGCCCAGAGGCUUGCAGUGACCUCGCCAUCACUGGCUCUGCAAGUUCUGGCGCCUCCUGGAUCUGGCAAAACCAAAACACUUACCGCUCGAGUCUCACAUCUCAUUACCGAAAGGGGACUGAAGCCAUGGAACAUCGUUGUCUGCACUUUUACCGUCAAAGCGGCGCGAGAGAUGAAGGAAAGGAUCAAGGACCUUGUUGGUGAUGGUCUCGAGAAGAAGCUCAUUCUGGGCACUUUCCAUUCAGUCGCUCGCCGCUUUCUUGUGUCUUAUGGCAACUUGAUCGGUAUUGAGAAAAACUUCGGAAUUGCCGACAUGUCGGACAGUAAGGCCAUCAUGAACCGCAUCAUCAAACGUCAGGGAUUCUCCAUUGAACCAGGAAGUGCUGGAGCCAGGAUUUCAAGUCUCAAAGCCAAAAGCAUCAGCGCCGAACAAUAUGGACUCACUCGCAAAGCUGCUGAGCAAGAGUUCAGUGUUGUGUACGCCGAAUAUGAGGAAGCAUUGCGAACAUCCAACCUCUUGGACUACGAUGAUCUGCUUCUUCGUUGCGCUCUACUGCUCCGUAAACAUCCCGAGUGUGUCUCCAACAUCGAGGCUGUUCUUAUCGACGAGUUUCAAGACACCAACAGCGUACAAUUCGAGCUCAUGUGCCUGUUCUCUCAGUUCAAGAGAAAUGUCACUAUCGUUGGCGAUCCUGAUCAAAGUAUCUACGGAUGGCGAAACGCCGAAAUCAAGAAUCUGGAACGAAUGGAGAAACGCUUCCCUGGCACAGACGUGAUACAUCUGGAAGAAAACUACAGAUCAGCGGGAGCAAUUCUUCAGUCAGCGCAAAAAGUGAUCGAGCAAGACGAGAGUAGGCCAUCCAAGGCUCUCAAGCCUACCUUUGGUGUAGGAGACCGGCCUGUCCUACGCAAACUUCCUACGGCAGACGCCGAGGCAAAGUGGCUUGUUGCAGAAAUCAUGAGGACGCAGGCCUUGUGUGCAGAUUUGCUCAAGCCAAAUGACUUUGCUAUAUUGCUUCGCUCGGCAGCUGUUUCCAGACACAUCGAAUCAGCUCUCGGCAACUCAGGCAUACCAUAUCGCAUGGUUGGUGGAACCAAGUUUUUUGAUCGUAUUGAGGUCAAGAUGGUGCUGGACUAUCUUCGUGUCAUCAACCAGCCUGAUCAUAAUGAUGCACUCCUGCGCAUCAUCAAUGUGCCCACCCGCGGCGUCGGCGACGUCACCGUCAAAGCUCUUAUAGAUGAAGCGGAAAGGAAAAGCAGCAGUCUAUGGAAAACUGUGCUCAACAGUGUUCAGGGCAAGGCCCGAUCAGAUACGAAACUCUCCGCUCAGGGAUCGAAGGGUCUCACGGAUCUGGUCAAUCUUGUCCUCACUGGCCAGAAGAAGAUCAAGGGCUCAGACGAACAGCAAGCAUCUCCGUUCGAACUGGUAGAGUACCUCAUCAAAAAGCUUGAGCUGUCCAAGUACUUGCAAAAGAAGUACCCAGACGAUUACGAAACUCGAUGGGCUAAUAUCGAGGAACUCAAAGCGCAAACGGCAGACUUGACAGCAGCCAUGGCUCACGGUGAAGAGUUUGUCGAAGAGGAAAUCUUGCCUGAUAUUGAGGGGUUGGAACAGCGACUCAUGAAUACUCACGAGGACGCAUUGACACUAUUCCUUGCGAACAUUGCACUGUCAAGUGAGGUCCAAAGAAAGCAGGAUGAGAAUCCUGAUGAGACACAACAACACGUUACGAUAUCCACGAUACACGCAGCAAAAGGUCUCGAAUGGCCUAUCGUGUUCAUACCUGCCUGCUAUGAAGGCUCAAUACCACAUUCAAGAGCUGACGACAUUGAUGAAGAACGUCGCUUGUUGUACGUCGGCAUGACCAGAGCUCAAGCAUUGCUGUACUUGAGCUGUCCAAACAAGAACAGUCAGUCUGGAGAAACAACAAUGUCUCACUUCCUUACACAGAGAGGAAUAGAGGCAUUUUUCGAAACACAAGGACCCAAGCUUUACGAUGAUGCGGUGGUUGAGUUGGCGAAAAUAUUGAGAAGAGACAAGCCUGCUCUCGGACAACUCAUCGAAGCACGUAGCACAUACGAGAAGCCUGAAGAUACCCACUGGCCUCUGGAUGGUACUUUUCCUAAGAGUGAAAAGUCAAGAUGG